AUGCAAGAAUGCUUCCUUGACGACGCGCGGACCGUGAGCAUCCCAAGCGUAUACUCUUAUCUUGGUACGCCACAGAAUCAUCCUGACCCUCUUUAUGGUUCCUACGAGGUACUGGGACUCAGAGACGACGUCUGCUUCGACCGGACUGGUCGUCUGGAUGCCUAUGCAUCAACUGCAAACUCUGAUAGAUCCGAAGAUGCUUGGCCUCCGGACCGUGAGACCCAGCAAAGUCCGAUAGAUUGGGGCAUUGUCGACUGGGCAGCCGCUCAGAAGAGAUGUUAUGAAGACAACACUUUGCAGUCUAGUGCUGGGAGCGAAAAACAAUCCACACCAUCCGAUGCCCUGCCAAUAAUUCCCAGGCAGGCAAUCGUCUUACGAACGUGGACAGGCUAUCACUAUACCCGUAAAGCUAUAAUAAAUCUCAGGGCACUCAUCAGUGAAGUGUCUCUGGGCUCAGGCGGCGAGUACGAUGUCCAUUUGCUAGUUCACGUCAAAAACAAUUUGGCACGCUUCUGGGAGUCUGAGGAGCUCUAUGAUCAAAUACGUCGAGAAAAUGUGCCAGCGGAGUUCCGUGGUCUGGUUACGCUCUGGUCCGAGAAACAGAUGGAGUCAGUCUAUCCUGGGCCAUUCUGCAAUGAAACUUUCAACAGAGCUGGUGAGCCUAUUCACGGAGUCUACAGGAGCUCUCACAUGCCACUGCAGUACUUUGCGCAGACCAAUACUCAGUACGAUCACUUUUGGAACUGGGAGAUGGAUAUUCGCUACAUUGGUCAUUACUAUGAACUAUUCGAUCGCCUGGGACAAUGGGCAAAGUCACAGUCAAGGCGCGGUAUCUGGGAACGCAGCGCCAAGUACUAUCUCGAAAAGUUACAUGGCACAUGGGCCAACUUUUCCGAUAUCGUAGAGAGGGAGAACCCCGUUUCAGUCUCUGGUCCAUUGCACUUCGCCGGAUCUCCUGCGCUCGUACAUCACCGAGGAUUCAUGGCUUCCAAAGAGAACGAUGAGGACGCCGAUCUGAUUACACUGAGCCCAAUGUUCGACCCGAACGAGUCGGGGUGGUAUUUUGAGCAGGACGUCACUGGAUACGAUACUCAGUUGCCUCUUCCUCCACGUCGUAUCGCCAUUGUCGCAGCAUCGCGGAUGUCUCGUCAGCUUCUUCACCAUAUGCAUAAGGAGACUUACGAACUCAAACACAGCAUGUGGACCGAGAUGUGGGCACCAAGCAUUGCUCUGCACUACGGGCUGAAGGCGACUUAUGCCCCGCAUCCUGUCUACUACGAUCGCAAAUGGCCAGUCGAAAUUGCUGAUAGGAUCUUCAAUGCUGGCAAGUAUGGUUCAGUUGGAGGCAAUGCUUCGUCUGUGUCCGGAUCAUCUGAGCACAACUUCUUCGGGAGUACUUGGUAUUGCAAUGCAAAAUUCGCAGGCAAACUUUGGAGAGCCUGGCUUGGUCGCAGCAAUCAGGAAAAUAAGUCGCAAACGGGACUCGACCACAUGUGUUUACGUUCUAUGCUCUUGCACGCAGUAAAGCACGAGUAG